AUGUCUUGGGCAGGCUUCAAGAAGAAUGUGAACCGCGCGACGACGCAGGUUAUGAUGAAGACGGGGCACGUGGAAAAGACAAACGAUCGGGACUAUGAAGUCGAAGAGAGGCGAUUCAAAACUAUGGAAGCCGCCGCGUUACGGCUGCAGAAAGAGUCCAAGGGCUACCUAGAUUCACUCCGAGCUAUGACUGCGUCUCAGAUGCGCAUUGCCGAAACCAUAGAUGCCUUCUACGGCGACUCCGGUGCCAGGGACGGCGUAAGCAGGAGCUACAAGCAAGCAGUCGAAGACUUGGAUGCCGAGACCAUCAAGGCCCUCGAUGGCCCCUAUCGGACGACCGUUCUGGAUCCCAUCUCCCGUUUUUGCGCCUACUUUCCCGACGUCAACGAAUGCAUUAAGAAGCGCUCUCACAAACUCCUCGACUACGAUGCCCUCCGCGCCAAAGUAAAGAAGCUAGUAGACAAGCCCGACAAGGACGUGACGAAGCUGCCCCGCGCCGAGAAGGAAAUGGAAAUGUCCAAGGCCGCCUACGAACAACUCAACGAACAGCUCUCCACCGAACUCCCCCAACUCAUCGACCUCCGCGUACCUUACCUCGACCCCAGCUUUGAGGCCCUCGUCAAGAUCCAGCUCCGCUUCUGCGCCGAGGCGUACAGUCGCAUGGCCCAGGUGCAGCAAUACCUCGACGCCGAUACGCGCGAGCAGUACGCCCAGGGCCACCUCGAUGCACGUGUCGAACAGGUAUUGCAAGAGAUACGUGAACUAAGCAUCGCUGGCACGGUAUAA